AGCUCAUACCACUCAGGGAGAGAGGGCUGUACACCAUUCCAUCUGUGUAUCCACCACCUCCUCAGAGAAAUGGCACUCAAGUUGUACGGUGCAGCCAUGUCCACGUGCGCCUCACGUGUUAUGUUCUGUCUAAACGAGAAAGGCGUCGAUUUCGAACUAGUUCCGGUCAAUCUCGCGGCAGGAGAACACAAACAGCCUUCCUACCUCGCCACCAAAAACCCGUUCGGUCAAAUCCCCGCGUUCGAGGACGGCGAUCUUACGCUCUUUGAAUCACGCGCAGUCAGUAGGUACGUAGCGACCAAGUACAAAGAGAAGGGUACAGAUCUUCUGAGGUUUAACAACCUCAAAGAAUUAGGAUUGGUUGAGGUGUGGUUGGAAGUGGAGUCCCAGACAUUCAAUCCUCCAAUCUCAGCCAUUGUUUAUCAGAUCUCCAUCAGUCCAUUGUUCGGUGGGACCACAAAUAAUCAAGUGGUCGAGGAGAAUGCAGAGAAGCUGGCCAAGGUUCUCGAUGUCUAUGAAGAGAGGCUGUCAAAGAGCAAGUACUUAGCUGGGGAUUUCUUCAGCUUAGCUGAUCUGCAUCACAUCUCAUACACUCAUUACCUCAUGAAGACUCCUAAAGCUUCUCUCAUUACCUCACGCCCGCAUGUGAAGGCCUGGUGGGACAGCAUUUCAUCACGGCCAGCCAUCAAGAAAGUCACGGCGGAUAUGAACUUUGCAUGAACGGAUUAGAUUUUGAAGGGUGGUUUUGGGAUUGAAAUAAAAGGAUGAGGAUAUCAUACUUAUAGAUACAUUUUCAUUUUCAUCUGUUGGUUUGGAUAUUUAAUAUGUUUUCUUGAGUAAUUAUCUCCUGCAAUACAGCAUUUUUGCUGAUUAUAUAUAAUGCCCGUAUCUGUUUAUCAA